AUGCUAACCGUUCCCAAGCCAACACUUGACCUUACUUACAACGAUUCCAAGGGUGUAUUCGACGUCAACGUAUCUGGUGUCUUUAACACCGCUCGCGCCGUGGCUAAGUUAUGCCUCGAGCGAAAGCAGAAAGGGUUAAUGGUCAUUACCUCGUCGAUCCACUCACAGAUUAUCAGGAAGUCUACGGUAGCUGCCCCCUUUGCUCAGGUUUUCUACAACGCCUUCAAAGCCGUUAUUUCAAAACUUGCCAAAGGGCUUGCCGCCGAAUGGUUGUAG